AUAUAAACCAUCCAGAACCUAAAAGGAUAUCGUCGAAGCUGGGACGGCCAAAGGAAACCCUAGUCUCUAUAUAAGCGAAAAUGGCGGUGCCUUUGCUGUCGAAGAAGAUCGUGAAGAAGAGGACCAAGAAGUUUAAGAGGCCUCAAAGUGAUCGAAAGAUCUCCGUCAAGGAAAACUGGAGAAGACCCAAGGGUAUUGAUUCUAGAGUUAGAAGAAAGUUUAAAGGAUGCACAUUGAUGCCAAAUAUUGGUUACGGCACUGACAAGAAGACCCGUCACUACCUGCCUAAUGGGUUCAAGAAGUUUGUCGUUCAUAAUGUCAAUGAGCUCGAACUCUUGAUGAUGCACAACAGAACGUACUGUGCUGAGAUCGCCCAUGAUGUUUCGACAAAGAAAAGGAAAGAGAUUGUUGAGAGGGCAGCUCAACUCGAUGUUGUAGUUACCAACAAGCUUGCUAGGUUGCGCAGCCAAGAAGAUGAAUGAACAAUUUAGAUCCUUUCAUGCCAGUUUUUUCAUCAUGCUUUGUAGUGAGAUUUCGUUAAUAUAUAUCCCUUUUUUGGUUCAAGAGAUUUUGGUAUUUGAUGACCGUCUGAAUUUUUACAAUUUGUCACUUAAUACAUUAUAAUUUUGAACUUGAUUUAUGAGAUGUUUGAAUUUUGAAGUUUA